AUGAAGUGGGGAUGGACCGGGGCGUUGCUGGCCUGGUUUGCGACAACCGCAUCAUGCUGGCCGUAUGACGAGAGCCUGGUCGGGUACAACCUCAACGAGAACAAAGAGGCCACAAACCCGGCGGAGUACUGGGGAGAAUGGCCGGACCAUAAGGGCAAAUACUUCCCCUCCCCGGAGAACUGGCGGUUUCCGUUCUAUACCCUGUUUUUGGAUCGGUUCGUGAACGGCGACCCGGAGAAUGAUAAUAUCAACGGGACGCAGUUCGAGCAUGAUAUCAGCUCCAACCAGAUGCGUCAUGGUGGUGAUGUGGCCGGUUUGGUCGCUACUUUGGACUAUUUACAGGGAAUGGGGAUCAAAGGCAUCUAUCUUGCCGGAACGGUCCUCAUGAACCAGCCUUGGGGCGCAGAUGGUUACUCUGCAUUGGAUACGACGCUUUUGGAUCAGCAUUUUGGUAACCUUGACACCUGGCGCAACGCGAUCACGGAGAUCCACAAGCGGGGUAUGUAUGUGGUAUUCGAUAAUACUAUUGCUACUCUUGGUGAUCUCAUUGGCUUCGAAGGCUAUCUCAACACCACCACCCCAUUCUCGGUCAAGGAGCACAAGGCGCUGUGGAAAACCGAUCGUCGCUACGUGGACUUUGACAUUGGCAACGACUACAACUCAACGUGCGAUUACCCCGUUUCUAUUAUGAAGACGCUGGUAGGCUGCUUCAACAGCGAUUUCGACCAGUACGGUGACAUUGAAGCGUUCGGUGUUUUCCCCGAUUGGCAGCGUCAGUUAGCCAAGUUCGCGUCCGUGCAGGAUCGUCUGCGUGAAUGGGUUCCGAACGUGCGAGAGCGACUGAUCCGUCACUCUUGCAUAAUCAUCGCCUCCUUGGAUAUUGAUGGUUUCCGCUACGAUAAAGCCACCCAGGCGACGGUUGAUGCUCUCGGCGAAAUGUCCAUGGCAUACCGGGAGUGUGCCCGCGCCGUGGGCAAGAACAACUUCUUUAUCUCUGGAGAAAUUACCGGUGGUGAUUACUUCGGUUCGAUCUAUCUCGGACGAGGCAGGCUGCAGAACCAGUGGCUUCCUGACCCCGCCCAAGGCCCCAAGAUGACGAAUGAGUCCAGCGCCCAGUAUUUCCUGCGUGAGGCGGGUCAUGAAGCCCUUGAUAGUGCUGCGUUCCACUAUUCCGUUUACCGAACCUUGACCCGUUUCCUGGGGAUGGACGGUAAUCUCGCUGCCGGGUACGAUGUCCCGCUGGAUUGGGUCGACAUGUGGCGACAGAUGCUCCGGUCGAACGAUCUUGUCAAUGCGAACACGGGCAAGUUCGACCCCGGCACAUGUACGGUUCGACUAACCAGGACGUCUUCCGGUGGCCAACUGUGCAAUGGGGCCUUUUAUGUGCUUGAUGCCACUGCUACCAACUAUAUUUACGGUCGUCAGGCCAUGUCCCCUGCAACCGCCUGGAGAGACCAUGGCUGCUUCAGUCUGGAAUCCUCGCAGUACUACAAGUGGCCGAUUGAAGCUGGCCGGAAAGGUUGUCAGGAUGAUACUGUCGCCUAUGAUCAUCGUGACCCUUCCCACCCGGUGCGCAACAUCCUCAAGCACAUGUAUCAGUUGCGUGAGCAAUUUCCCGUUCUUAAUGACGGUUACACCCUCAACAACUUGUCCAAGUCGACCGUCGACGUGUACUACCCGGGUUCCAACGAAACCGCCACCGAGACGGGAAUGUGGUCUGUCAGUCGCGAAAUCGAUCUUGAAGUGCAGGAUUUCGGUUCCGAUGACCUGAACUCGCCUGUCUGGAUGGUCUACCAGAACAACAACCAUACGGUCGAUUACCAGUUCGAAUGCAGCGACGAGCACAAGGCUUUGAUCGCUCCCUUCCCUGCCGACACCGUCGUCAAGAACUUGUUUUACCCCUGGGAUGAGUUCACCUUGACGGCCGGCCCGUCCCAACGAACCUUUGGAAAUGCGACAUUGCCUGUUGGCUGUCAUGGCAAUCUGACCCUCAAUGCGUUCGAGUUCCGGGCCUACGUGCCGAAGGAGUUGCAUCGCAAGCCUCGCCCGAUGAUCACCGGCUUCACGCCUGGCCACGACGUUCCAAUUCCUUCCACUGUUGCGCCUGAUGCUUCUGAGAAUGUGCACAUUGAGCUGGAGUUCUCCGAGGAGAUGGAUUGCGAUGGGGUCACCAAGUCUAUUUCCCUGACCUCCUCCACCGAGUCACUCCAAAUCCCGUCCAUCGACACUGGCUCUGUCCAUUGCGAGGCUAUUACCAACACCACCACCAAGUGGACUGCUUAUAUCCCCAGCAAGUGGAAGUGGACGGCCGAUUUGACCAAUGUCUACAACGGUAUCCACCAAAUCACUGUGAAAGAACCUAAGACUAGCAGUGGCAACGCCUCCACCAACGCCACCGAUCACUUCCUUUUCCGCAUUGGCCAGGUCGAUAACCCGAUGGUCUUCACCAAAGCCAACUACUCGACUAGUUUGCUUCAUGAGUAUGACAACGGGACUCUGUUCAUCCAGCACCACGCUGCAGGCGCGGAUAAAUACCGCUACUCGACCAACUGGGGAACGACCUGGUCGAGCUGGACCAAGUACAAUGGCGGUAACGACACCAUCGAGGAGCUGCCGUGGCACGGCACCAAAGGACAGCAGUGGGAAGGCAAACACGUCCGCGUGGAAUAUUGGAGCGGCUUGACCGGUAGCAGCGACUACUACCAAGAAGGCGAUGUGGGCUGGCCUCACAAGGUGCCCCGUCGAUUCCCUCAUAUCCAUUUCAACGGUCCUUUCAACCAGUUUGGUUACGAUGGCGGUCUCCCCAACAAGCUCAAGCUAGACACCACCAGUGGGCGAUGGAAGUACCACUUCACCUCCGAGUGGCCCGCACAAGCACAGAUCAAUGUCUGGGGCAUGAACCCCGAUGGCAGGCCGGACCAGAGCUGGGUUCUGGGCGACAUAGACGGUGACCAUGUCUUGGACCGGAUGCCCCCGUCGUCUCUGUCGGCGACCAUGAUCAAUAUCACUGACCUUCCGCCGUCACCUCACCUCGCGUGGAUUAUCUCGAUCAACGACGGGACCAUGCGGUAUACACUAGAACCUACCGGAGAUCAAACCACGCAGAUGGCCAUGUACAUUCUCUUCUGGAUUGUGCCCCUGCUCACAGGCGUGGUAUGCGUCUACGUCUUCAUGAAAUCCUUCUACCAGGUCAAGUUCAACCAGGUCGGUGUCAGCGAAAAGCGUACGCUCAUUCCCCUGGCCCUUCGGCGGAAGCUAAAGCGUGCUCGCAAUGGCGAGGGUGAGGCGAUGAACCCCCUGAUGCGUCUGGCCAACAAGUCCGGUUUCCUGCAGAGCGCGACGGACCUCACGGCCGGCCCUGCGGCUUCCAAACGCCGCAUGGUGCUCAUUGCCACCAUGGAAUAUGAUAUAGAGGACUGGGCUAUCAAGAUCAAGAUCGGUGGUCUCGGUGUCAUGGCUCAACUGAUGGGCAAGACCCUCGGCCACCAGGAUCUCAUCUGGGUCGUGCCCUGCGUCGGCGGAGUGGACUACCCUGUUGACCGGCCAGCGGAACCCAUGAUCGUCACCAUUCUGGGCAAGCCAUAUGAGGUCCAGGUGCAGUACCACACCUUGCAGAAUAUCACCUACGUCUUACUGGACGCUCCAGUCUUCCGUCAGCAGUCCAAGUCAGAACCCUACCCACCGCGUAUGGAUGACCUCGACAGUGCCAUUUACUACUCCGCGUGGAAUCAGUGCAUUGCUCAGACUAUCAAGCGGUUCCCCAUUGACCUUUACCAUAUCAACGAUUACCACGGUUCCCUGGCACCCCUCUACCUCCUGCCGCAAACAAUCCCCGCCUGUCUGUCUCUGCACAACGCCGAGUUCCAGGGUCUCUGGCCCAUGCGGACCGAAAAGGAAAAGGAAGAGGUCUGCUCGGUUUUCAACCUAGAUAAGGAAAUCACCCGCCGCUACGUUCAGUUCGGUGAGGUUUUCAAUCUGCUCCAUGCCGGUGCCAGUUAUCUGCGUGUCCACCAGCAAGGAUUCGGUGCUGUCGGUGUGUCCAAGAAAUACGGUAAACGUUCAUACGCUCGGUAUCCCAUCUUCUGGGGUCUCAAAAAGGUCGGCAACCUGCCCAACCCGGAUCCAUCGGACAUUGGCGAGUGGAACAGGGAAAAGGCCCUCGCCAAGGGGGAAGACCCCCCUGUCGAUCAGGAAUUCGAAGCUGGUCGCGCGGAGCUCAAACGCCAGGCUCAAGAAUGGGCUGGCCUGGAGCAGAACCCAGACGCUGAUCUCCUCGUGUUCGUCGGUCGGUGGUCUAUGCAGAAGGGUGUGGAUCUGAUUGCGGAUGUCAUGCCUGCUGUUCUUGAGGCUCGUCCCAACGUCCAGCUGAUCUGUGUCGGCCCUGUUAUCGAUCUGUACGGCAAGUUCGCUGCCCUGAAGCUGGAUCGUAUGAUGAAGGUCUAUCCUGGUCGUGUCUUCUCUCGUCCUCAGUUCACUGCUCUGCCCCCCUACAUCUUCUCUGGUGCUGAAUUCGCCCUCAUCCCCUCUCGUGACGAACCGUUUGGUUUGGUCGCCGUCGAAUUCGGCCGUAAGGGUGCUCUCGGUAUCGGUGCUCGCGUCGGUGGUCUCGGUCAGAUGCCUGGCUGGUGGUAUAACGUCGAGUCGAUGUCCACUACCCAUCUGCUCCAUCAGUUCAAGCUGGCGAUUGACGGUGCUUUGAACUCGAAGCCCGAGGUCCGUGCUAAGAUGCGUGCUCGUUCAGCCAAGCAGCGGUUCCCCGUCGCUCAAUGGAUUGAGGAUCUCGAGAUCCUGCAGGGUACAUCCAUCCGAAUCCACAACAAGGAAGCCUCCAAGUCCAACAAUCGCCCCGUGACCCCUACCGGCCCCAUGACACCUCGCGGACUGGGUGCUAUGAGCCCAACUUUCCCCGCUAGUGGAACCCAGACCCCUGUUGGCAUGCACUCUCGCGAAGCCAGCUACGUGAACCUGAGGCAAUUGUCAGAAAUUGGCCCACAGCAGCGCGACACCAUCAUUUCCUACAGCAACAACAACGCUGGCCGGGAGAUGACUGAGAAGCCUGCUCCGGGAUUGAGCCGUAAACUGUCGCUUGGUGUCCGUUCUGGCCCUGGCCAUCUCAACCGUCCUGGUCGGCGUGGACAGGGACAGCAGGACCUUGCUCUGCCCGAUCGCAGGGAUGGUGGUGAUGUUUCUGAUAUCGAGGAGGAGAGUGAUGAUGAUUUCAUUGAUCACUACUACGGCGACGAUGAAUAUACUCUUACGCCUGAGCAGGCCGAGGAAGGUCGACGACUCCAGAACAACCCCCAGUCCCAAAGUGGACGUGCCACCCCGAGAGAACUUGUCCGCUCCGCGCAAUUCCCCUCGAGCCCAUCCGUCCAUUCUGAUAUGGGUCUUGCUCCCCCACCCGGCCAUUCCUGGAACCUGGCAAUCGACUUCAAGCUGCAAAAGGUGGAUCCCUUCUUCACGGAUAGCCAUGGUGACUACGCUCGCUUGUUCGAAAAGAGUCUGGAGAACUUGAACGCCGCCAACUCCGAGUCGCAGCUCUGCAUUGAAGAGUUCCUGGUCAAGAGUGAAAAAGAAUGGUUCGACAAGUUCCGCGAUGCCAAGCUGGGUCGUCUGAAUUCGCCCGCUCCAUCUGUCUUCCGUGGUAAGCGUGGUCCUUCGCCUGUGGAUUCCUACUACGGGGAUGACGCCUCGUCGCGUAUGAGCCCGGAUGAUGAGCAGUCCCAGGAAGAUGACGAAUUUCUCCUAGGCAAAGACUAUGUCCCUCCGACCGGCCUGCGCAAGUGGAUGCAGCUGCGCAUUGGGGACUGGCCAGUAUAUUCCCUCUUGCUGGGCUUGGGCCAGAUCAUCGCCGCCAAUUCGUACCAGAUCACCUUGCUGACUGGCGAGGUUGGUCAAACCGCGGAGAAGCUGUACGGAAUUGCGACCACUUACCUGAUUACCUCCAUCGUGUGGUGGUUUGUCUUCCGUUACUUCAAGUCAAUCGUCUGUCUUUCCGUCCCCUGGUUCUUCUACGGUCUGGCAUUCCUUCUCAUCGGCCUCGCCCAUUUCGAGCACGAUGAGUUCACCCGAGGAUGGAUUCAGAACGUCGCCAGUGGCUUCUACGCGGUCGCUUCCUCCAGCGGGUCGAUUUUCUUCGCCCUCAACUUCGGUGAUGAAAGCGGUGCACCGGUCAAAGAAUGGGUCUUCCGUGCUUGUGUCAUCCAGGGAACGCAGCAGGCUUAUGUCAUUGCGCUGUGGUACUGGGGUUCGACGCUCACCAAGGCCUCGAGCCAGGGCCUCUUGACCACCGAGAACAACAUCGCCAACACCUGGAAGAUGACCGCCAUCUGUGUUCCGAUUACCGUAUUCCUGUGGGGUGUCGGUCUUCUCAUGUUCUUUGGCCUUCCCAACUACUACCGCCAGAGCCCUGGUAAGGUUCCGUCCUUCUACCGCUCGGUGUUCCGCCGCAAGAUCGUCCUCUGGAACUUUGCCGUCGUCAUCAUCCAAAACUUCUUCCUCAGUGCUCCUUACGGCCGCAACUGGAACUUCCUCUGGAGUUCGAACCACGCAACAACCUGGCAAAUCGUCAUUCUCUGCGUCGUCUUCUUCGGUUUCGUCUGGGCCGGCUUCCUCUUCAUCCUCAGUCACCUCUCCAAACAACACAGCUGGAUCCUCCCCGUGUUCGCCUGCGGUCUCGGCGCCCCCGCUGGGCCCAGAUCUGGUGGGGUGUCUCCGGCAUCGGGCGGGCUCACGGGCGGCGCCCUGGCAUCCCGCAGCGUCUGGCUGUGGCUGGGUGUUCUCGACGCGAUCCAGGGCCUGGGCUUCGGUAUGAUCCUGCUACAGACCCUGACCCGCAUGCACAUGUGCUUCACCCUCAUCGUGUGCCAAGUGCUGGGAUCCAUCGCCACGAUCUGCGCCCGAGCCUUUGCGCCCAACAACGUCGGGCCCGGCCCUAUCUCGCCCGAUCCCACCUAUGGCGCGAGUGCUGUGGCGAACGCGUGGUUCUGGAUCGCCCUGAUCUUCCAGCUGCUCAUCUGUGCUGGGUUCCUUCUCUUCUUCCGCAGAGAACAGCUCUCCAAGCCCUAA